GCUGGUUUCAUUGGAUUCUAACCAUAUCCAUUCUUCCAAAUCCCAUCCAAGUUUCCAUCACUUAACCGACAGAGUCAAUGAACUCAAUGCUAAGCUGGCUUUGCUUCAGCACUCAACCUAGAUCAGAAUCUAAAAUUGAGGAUAGUAACUAGUGUCUAGUUGAUCUCUCUAACUCGGUUGGAUAAAUUAAUCAAGUUAUUGUAUUUAUUGAAUUCUUCUUCCUGCAAUGCCAGGAUCCAUCAUGGUUUCAGUACUGGAAUUCAUCGAUCUUCCAUUAUCUUCAUCAACAUCCAUAAGGGUGGUGAAUGCAUGCAGCUUCCUUGGGGAAAAUAGAGUACCAAGUGAAUGACAAGGGAAACUUAUCCUUCCCCUUAACUAGCCUCCGUGAUGAUUUGAUCUUCAAAAUUCAGGAUGCUGAGGGGAAUGAAAUAUCACGUACAGGUGUUCAAAUAAAGUUGAUAUUGGAGAAAGGUGUUUUGGAAGACAACUUUCCCCUUGGGGGUGGCCAUCUGCGUUUGAAGUUGCAAUUCAUCCUUAGCGAUGAAGAGCGCGACAGAAUUCGUUCAUUGAGACAAUCUGCAUUAAAGAAAAAACAUGAGCUUCUUAGUAGCGGUAGAAGAGCUGAAGAAAGUGAUAGUAGAACCAUGAUUGGCGAUGCUGCAUUACCCUUCCGCAGAAAUGAUGAGGUCUCAGAAUCACCAAAGAAACAACCUCAACAAGAAGCCCAAUUGCAAGAUCCUGCUGGUUCUGGCGAUGGCAAAGAAUCUGAUACUAGAAAUGUAGUUGGGGCUCAGCUUGACCAGAAAAAACAGCUAAUUAAACCCAAUCAAUAUAGGGAGUCCUCAUCCACAAUACCUGUGUCACAAGCAGUUACUCUCACUCGAUCACCACAGAAGGGUAAGGAGCCUUUCUAUCAGUCACCAAAUCUCAAUCGAUCGUCAUCUGAGAAACAUCCUCAGAGGGAUAUUGGUUCAGAAGAAAUUGCAAUUUUGUUUGGCUCAGAAAAAAAGGAAGCCCUGACAAGUAAUCUGAUACAACCUAAUCUAGAGCAAGGUGGUAUACAGUAUUCUGAGAAGAGGACCUCACUGGGGAGAAUUCCCAGUAAUGUGAAGAAAAUGAUAAGUGCCUUUGAAGGUGGAUUGGCUCAGCAGGAUAAGAGACCUCAGAUUAAACCACCUCCAACAAAACAACAAGAAAGUUCAAUUGAAAGAAGAGAUUCUUCCAAGACUCAGCUUUUGGAGCAAGAUAAGUCAAAGAACACAGAACCAGCAGACUUGCAUGAAAGGGUGAAAAGAGCCUCCCUGAAUGAAGCAAAUGCUGGAACUGGAACUGAGGAGGGCGAGUAUGAAAAGAUACGGGAAACUAAAGAAUCAAAGCCCAAGACUUCUGAUAAUAAUGGAGAUGAAAAUUCUGGAGGACCAUUUAAUCAGGUAGUAAAAGUUGCAAUCAUUAUAGGAUUUGGAUUACUUGUUCUCCUAACCAGACAAAGAAAAAGAAGUAAUGGCGAGGGGCAAAAGGAUGUAUUUAACUUUCUGAAUUUACCAGAAUGAAGAAGACUGCCUGAGAAUUAGUUCAACAAAUCUUAAUUCUCAAAUUCUUCAUUCGUUGAAGCAUGCACAAGCAUCUGCAGGCUACAAUCAAGUCAACAACUUUUCAAGUUUCAGAUAAUUGGCCAAAGUUUAAUGCAACCAUGAGCCAAAUCUCUGGCGUUGCUCACACAGUUGCAUCCUUAGCAACUAAAUAUGUUACAAAUGUAGCAUAAACAUUAAUAUUCAAUUACAUUGAGAGGCUUAAGGAAAGUCAGGUUCAUUUUCCACUUGGAUGGAGUAAAACUUUGUAACAUUGUUCUUUUAUUGCUUCGAUGUGCAAUAAAUUGGAGAAAGUCUGUAAAGUUUUAUUAAGGAUUAUAGCAACUAAUUAACCUGUGUUUUCUUGAUAAGAUAACAACCAGCACAAUUUGUCAA